GAAGCAAGCAGCUCUGCCAAUGACAGUGCCCCAGAAAUGGGGCUUCAUCUCGGCGCGGCUGAGCCCGCCCCGCUGGCCUACACCGAGGAGGUCGAGGGCAUUUGCCGCAAGUGCUGCAGCUGCCACAAGAUCAAGGCCCUCAUCGAGGGCAACGACGUCCGUGGCAAGUGCGACUUCAGUGGCAACAAGUCGCAGUGGCGCUGUUCGGAGUGCAACAACCUCAAGAGCCGCAUCGCGCGCAUCCAAGCCAGCGCCCAUGCCAUCGCGGGGUGGAACGACGUCAAAGAGGCCGCGAGGGCCAGCUUCAUGGGGCGGGCGGCCGGGCUCAUGAAGGAUGACCUGAGGAAGGCGAUGUCGGAGGCGGUCACGCGGACGAGCAUUCAGAGGCGCACCCUGUCUUUCAAAGCCUCGGGCGACUACAUCAACAUCGAGAAGCUCGAGGAUGAAGUGAAGGAACCAACUGAGCGCGAGAGCAUCCGCAACAACGCCCCCAGGCUGGUUUGCCCGAUCAGCAACAAUACGAACAUCUGGAUCCCUGUGUACAGCGCCACCCAGCAGGAGGACCGCAUCGAGCAAGAGGAGCGCUCCCAGCGCGCGGAGACGGAGCACGUCGCCCGCGCUAAGGUCAAGGCAAAGGCAAAGGCAAAGGGCAAGGCUCGCGCGCAGGCGGCCUCUGGCAAGGAGGCUGAGGAGGGUGCAGCUGAGGCGGCCGCUGGCGAGGAGGCAGAUGGCGCAGCAGGCGCCGAGCCAGUCGCCAAGCGCAGGCGCAGGAGCGGCAAGGGCCCCGGCGAGGAGAAGCCCGAGGAUAAGACGCCCAAGGAGAAGCCGAUCAAGGAGCUCACGCCCCAGCAGAACGAACGUCUCCAAACCAUCGAGGGCAAACUGCAGGAUACUUCCCUGCACCUGCACGCGACGAUCUGCGAGGCCAACGGGCACAAGGGCACCAAGGUGCCGACCGACACGCUGGACAAGGCCAACGAGGUGGCUGCGGAGGUCGAGAAGCUCGUCAAGACGGCGUCCGACAUGCACGCCGCUGGCAAGGCGCCCCAGGGCGUGGUCGCGACCUUCUUCAAGGAUGCGAAGAAUGCGAUGGACGAGGCGAAGGGGUUGUCGGCGAAGAUGUGCUCGCUCAUUUCGGACUGA